AUGCUGGUCCAACGCGAAGAGCACAUGCGAACAAAGCGCCGCGCCUAUUUGAAAGCUAUCAAUAGCACCGAAGACAAAGUACAGGUCUGCGAACUCGACUCCCUGCUCGAUAAAGUGAACAAGAAGUAUUUCGAAAAGGAGCUCGAGCUUCACGAAUGCGAGCUGGAUCUCUUCAAACGACCUUUGAAGGAGAUGUACGAUACCCUGAGAAAAGACCCUACUUGGUAUCUCCGGACGGAACUUGUAGAGGACUGUACCGCCAAGAGUGGCUGCUGCAGCCGUGACUGUGGAUGCUGUCAGAAGAGACACUGGACUUCUAAGCGGAACCGCGGUAUUGGCCAUUGCACCGUGGAGUGUGGAUGUUGCGUGAUGGAUCGGGGGUUCGAAAUGUCAAAUGACGGAUCAAACAAAGGAGAAACAGAGGGACCGGUUCACUAA